AUGACGAAUAUCUUCCGCAGCAGUACACAUCCAACAGGUCUUCAACAAGCUAUUGAAAGAGCUACUGAUAGUAGUCAAGCAAGUGAAGAUUGGAGUUUAAUAAUGAAAAUUUGUGAUUAUGUUAAUAGUCAUGAAGAAAGUGCAAAAGAAGCAAUGAAAGUCAUACGAAAACGUUUACAAAUAAAUCCAUUACAACAAGGAUGGCAUACUGUUGGAUUAAUUCUUUCUUUAUUAGAAGCCUUAACAAAAAAUUGUGGAAAAAUAUUUCAUUUACAAAUUGCACAUAAAGAUUUUUUAAAAGAACUUAAAGGAGUUAUUGGACCAAAAAAUAAUCCACCUCUAGCAAUACAAGAAAGAGUUCUUAGUAUGAUUCAAAACUGGGCAUUAGCUUUUCGUAACGAUCCAGAUUUAAAAAAUGUCCAACAUUUUUAUAGUGAAUGUGUACAACAUGGUUUACAAUUUCCAUCACAUGAACCAGAAGAUAUUAUUAAAGCAUCUUUAACACCUACACGAACUAUCGAACGACCUUUACAAAGUACACGUUCUAUGCCUCAACAAAGUUAUGGAACAAUGGGUGGACAAAAUCGGUCAGCAUCAAAUGAUUUUUCACAUUCCGUUUCAAACAAUCAAACAGGUGCACAGUCAAUGUCAGCUGAACAAAUAGCAAAAUUACGUAGUGAAUUAGAUAUUGUACAAACAAAUGCUGAAGUAUUUGGUGAAAUGCUUAUAACAUUACAACCGAGUGACGAAAAUCCACAAGAUUUCGAACUAUUAAUGGAAUUACACAAUACAUGCAAACAAAUGCAAGCUCGUGUUAUUGAUUUAUUAUCUCAAAUAACUAUUGACGAUAUAACAGUCGAUCUUUUACGAUAUAAUGAUCAAUUUAAUAAUGCAUUUAAACAAUUUGAAAAUUAUAUGCAAGAACGUAAUAGACGUUUUGGUUCAUCACAAAUGCCAAUAUUAAAUCGAACGGGAACAUCACCAACUCGAACAAAUUCAAUGUCACAAUCACCAACAAAUAAAACAUUAUCAUCAUCGCGUGAUACUGAUAAUGUACCAGCAUUAAUUACAUUUGAGGAUGAACCAAUAAAUAAUUUUCAAAAUAUGCGUAUUAAUCCAACAUCACAGGGUGUUGUACCAAGAAAUACUCAACCGCAAUCAACAGCUUCAACAACAACUCGAGCUGCUACGAAUUAUCAAGAUCCCGAACGUGAUGUCAGAGAAGUUGAACAUUGGUUAAAAAUUCAAGGCGAUGAUCCUGAUAAUGAUGAACCAUUGCAACAAGACGAUGGAACGACAGCUGCAUUUGAUAAUUUUUUAAAAAAACGUGCAUCAACUAUUCCUGAUGAACCAAUAUCUGAACAACAAAUUCGUUUUAAUAUACAAGACCCACCAAGAAAAACUCAAAAAGAUAGUACUUAUCUACUCUCAAUAAAUAAUCCAAAUAAGUCUCCAAAAUAUUGGCCAAAUUUACUUAUUUUUUUUGAACCGACAAAAGAUUUAGAAAAAGAACUGAUAAGAAAACAGAUUGCAAAUAGUCAUUAUAUGCAAAAAAAUCCAUGGAUUCAUUUAAUGCUAUCAAAACGUAUUGAUACAGCAAUUGAUGAAUUUUGUUGUUUAUGUCUCAGAGAUCAUGUAUAUCCAUGGUUAUCACAAAUUACUCAUGACGAUAGUGUGGUUUAUGAAGCAAAACAUGUCUUUCGUUUUUUUUUGGCAACAGUUAUUCGUCGUAUACAAAAUGUUGAUAUCAAUGCAUUCGUUCUUGAACGUCUUCUUCCAUUAAUAUUUCAAACAUAUGAUCGUUAUAUUCAAACAAUUAAAAUUCAAUCUCCUAAUGAAUCUCAAUGUUCAAUUGAAUUUCUGAAAAAAAUUUUUAAAAAUGAUCUUCAUAUAACAAUGUAUAAUCGUCAAUCUGAAUUAAAAUAUUUAAAACGUCUUAUACUUGAUUUAAUGCCAAUAAUAACACCAAAAUUUAUCUAUGAAUGUAAAGGUUCUCGUCAUUUUUUAAGUGAAUUAAUUGCAUGUCAAAUUCUUAUUGAUGGUAUUGAUGCUAUAUGUCAACCUAAUACAUUAAAUCGUUUAUUUCAUCUUUAUUUUAUAACUGCUAUACAACGACGUAAUUCAAUAUUAAAUAUAAUUUCAAAUUCAACAGAUUCAUCUGUUGAAUUAUUAACACAUUUUUCUACAAUGAAUGGACCUAUACAUAAAAAUAAAUUAAGUUUACAAUUAACUGAUGUUAUGUAUGAAAAAGAAUUAUUAAGUCAAUUUAGUCGUGUACUUGAUCGUUAUGGUUCAAUUGGUUUAUUAAGUAUUUAUAUGACAUUAUCAGAUUUAUUAAAUGAUAUACCAUCAGCAUCAAAUAUAUUAGUACGAAAAAAAAUAUAUCGACGUUUAAAACAUAUUGAUGAACGUUAUCUUAAUAGAAAAAAUUCUGAUGGUUAUGUUAGUAUUUGUAAUUUAUAUGAUAUAAAUGAUACAUUAAUUGAUGAUAUUAAAUUAUUAAUAUAUAAUCAUUUAGAACAAUGUGUUAAUGAUGAUAAUGAUGAAAAUAAGUCAGAUAAAUUAAAUGAAAAAUUUGAUAUGCAACAUACAUUUUCAUUAUUAUCAAAAUUUCAUUGUAAAAUUUAUGAAUUAGUUGAAGAAAAAUAUCAACGAUGUUUUUUAACAAGUGAUGAACAUUUUCUUUAUAUGUGUGGUAGAAGAAUGGAUUCACCAGAUUAUAAAAUUAUUGAACAAAAUUUGGAUGAUAAUACAUUAGAUUUCAAUCAUAUGGAAGAUAUCAGAAAUUCUAAUGGAAAUAUAAAAAAAUCCAAUGUAUCAAGACAUUAUACAACAACAUCAUACAAAGAAUUGGAAGAAAAAGAUGAAGUAAAUCGAAGAUAUCCAGAAGAUACAACAAGUAUUAGCAGUAAUAGUUCUAUUGAUGAAAGAGAUUUAAAUACAUGGCGUAUUCAUAUUUGUGGCAUUGAUGAAUUACGUGAUAAUAUGAAUUCCAAUACAAAAUAUUUUGCAUUCAUAAUUGAAGCACGACGAUUAGAUGCUAAUAGUGAAAAUUCAUUAAAUAAUGAUGAUGAAAGAAAUCAUUGGUUUGUAUUAAGACGUUAUCAAGAUUUUUAUUUAUUAGAACAAAAAUUAAUACGUUUUCAUGGAGUUUUUUCUGAUGCACGUUUACCACCAAAACGAUCGACAACAUUUGCUCGAAAUCGAGAAUUUAUGGAAUCAAUUAAAAAAGAGUUUGAACAUUUUUUAAGACAUUUAUUAUCUAAACCAACAUUACGUAACAGUGAAUUAUUAUACAAUUUUCUUACACAACCGGAUGAUUUUACUUUACCAAAUGGUGAAGAUGUGUUAGCAAAAAUGUUCAGAGUUGUACCACGUCGAUUACGUACUGAGAAAGGUCAAUAUCUGGAUCCAUUUCUUGUAUCAUUAAUAAAUUAUGCUGAACCAGUUAAACCAAAAGCAACACAACCAAUUCCAGUUUUUAAUGAUAUUAUCGAAGAAAAACUUAACAAUACAAUCUAUGGAAAUAAUGCAAAUAUAAUAGAUCCUAUAGAAGAAUUUACAAUAGAAGAAAAAUCAAUGUCUCAUGAACUUGAUAGUGCUUAUGAUCAUUUAAUUGUUGUUGCUAAACAAGUCUUUUCUGCAUCACCUUUAUUAAUUUAUCUAUUAGAUUUACUUCGUAUACCAUUAAAAAAUUCAUUUGAUACAUUCUUUACACAAUUUAUUGAUGAUAGUGUAGAUGAUAUUAUUAAUGAUGAAGAGAAUAUUAUUGAUGUAAUUCAUGCUCUUCGAGAUGUAGUUUUUCCAAAUGAUGCAGAAGAUAAAGGUCCAACAGAUUUAGUCAAUUUUGAUGAUGUUGUUGCAGCAGCUGAAGAAUUUUUACCUAAUGUAAUCAAAAUUGUACUUGGUAAAUCAAAUGUUCAAAAUGGUUUACAAAUGAUCUUUCGAUAUUUUCAAGAUCCAUUACUUAAUAAACAAUUAUUUUAUAUGAUUCUCGAUGAAGUACUCUUACAACUUUUUCCUGAAUUACAAGCACAUUUCGAAAAAGCAAAUAUUCGUUUACCAUAA